AUGUAUAGCAGAACCAAAAUAUAUUGUGGGUGUACCAGCGGCCUGGUAUGCAGAUUUUUAAGUUCUGCAGAAGUGUCUACUGCUCUACGACCAUUUUACUUCAGCGUUCAUCCAGAUCUAUUUGGAAAAUAUCCAGAACAAAGGAAAAUCAAUGAAAAUUCCUUACAACAGCUGAGUGCACUUAUAGAAGCCCAACAAUCUAGCAAAAGAAUUUCAGUUCCACCAUUAUCAUUCUAUGUGAGACAAAAGGAUAAACCCGAUGGUGAAUUCAAACUCAUAAAAAUUCAAUUAAAUAGCAAUAACGUAAGAGAAACAGUUGUAAAAGUUCUCAACGCCUGUGAUAUCUCUACCAAGUACAUUGAUAAGAUACCUGAUAGGCCAAAAGUAUCUAACUUCAGCAAAACCUUUGGUAAUAGAAAGUAUGACUAUGCAUAUGAACAAUACGAAAAGGAAUUUGACAUGGGUCGGAUCAAGAGGAAAGUAGUAGAGAAAAAAUUCAGUGCUAAUGUUGUUGAAUGGGUACAUGCAAACAGCAGAGAUGCAAAAAAUAAAUACGAAUCAGCAGCUGCAACAAGGGAGCAAGUGCAAUCUCUAAUAAACAACCUUUGCAAAACUUAUGGUAUUAAACAAGUGAAAUUCGACAGUGGUUGGAAUAUGAGCCAUAUAAGAGGCGCAUUGCAGAGUUUAGACGCCCUGGCUUCACAGCAUCCUAAUAUUAUGACGAAUUUAGAAGGCAGGACAAUAGCUUUGGGACAGUUUACUGGGGUCAGUCUAGAUGGCGAUGUGUUCCUCAAUAUUAUGGAUGUACGAAAUGAAUGGAUGUCGUUAAUAAAGAAAGUUAGUCAAGAGGACAGUGCCUUAAUAAUGAUACCAAAUUAUGAGAAAGCAUUGUCUAGUAUUUUGAGGGAUAUACACAUACGGCGAAGGAAAUUUAUGCCGAAAGUGUCGGCACAUCAGUACUGCAGUCAUUUGAGACAGUUGAUCACUUCCAUAGGCGACUACUAUGGUCGUGGUUCAAAAUUCCCGCCGAGCGUACCUGAAUCUCUGCAAAAAUACGAAAUUGUUAUUGAACCGGAAGCGGGUCCACUAAUGGUAUCGCCUACUGGACAGUUCAUCACACCAUCUUCUUGUCCAGCUGAAGAGCUUGUGGCUUUCAUUGCCAGUCAUUUAGAUGAAGCUACGCUUUUGAUGACAGAAUAUAGCAUUAAUAAGCAUGUGGAGAAGGCACUUCAUAAAGAAGUUGUUAAAAGGUUUGGUCUACUGGACCUACGAAAGGAUGACAGCAUCACACCAGCAUAUAUGAUUUCAUGCUGCCAGAGGUUGCUGACGCGAAGUGAACAGUUAAAUGCGAAACUUCAUGGUACAGUGCUCUUCAUAACGCAUUACUACUCUGUUUUAUCGGAAGGAAUAUUGUGCAUACCCUGGAAUUUUCAAUCAUGA